AGUAAAAAUGGUGGACAAUGUAUCCAGAUAUCUAAUUUUAGAAGAAUUAAUGUGUUCUGAAUACGAUGACAAUAUUCUUUUGCUACAAAAAAUAACCAGGAACACAGUUUGUAGCAUGGCUGUUGCCACCACAACAUUUAGAGAAAGAAAAAAACGAAUCCAGAACUAUGUGGAGGGAGUAUUGCCAUAUUAUAGUGUUGAUGAUUUUAAGGACAGAUUCCGAAUCAGUAGGGAAACAUUCGACUCGUUAGUAGAACAAAUGAUUCCAUACAUAGGUAAAGGGGAAAUAUGCGUUGAAAAGAAACUGCUAAUAUAUGUCAAGUAUAUAUCAACACAACAGACGUAUCAAGCUUUGGCAGAUAUAUUUGGGGUAUGCGAGUAUUCUGUUCACAAAUGCAUUCAUGAAAUUUCGGAGAAAGUUUGUAAACACUUGCUACCAGAUUUAGUGAAAUGGCCAGAGAAACGGACAGCUGAUAGAACUGUAGAUGGAUUCCAGGAAAUCAAUGGUUUUCCAGGUGUCAUUGGAGCGAUUGAUGGAAGUCAUAUCCCUAUCAGCACCCCAACAGAAUUCCCAGAAAACUGUAUUAACAGAAAAGGUUACCCUUCCUUGAUACUUCAAGCAGUUUGCGACUGUAACCUUAAGUUUUUAGAUGUAUAUUGCGGGUGGCCUGGGUCAGUGCACGAUGCACGAGUCCUUAGAAAUUCCCCGUUAUUCAAGAGUGCUUCAGCAGCUGAAAGUGAAGAAAUCUACAUGUUUCCCAUCAACACACAUCUACUUGAAGAUUCAGCCUAUCCACUAUCCAACUGGUUUAUGGUACAUUUUAAGGACUUUGGAAACCUCAAUGAAAUCCAGAAAAGGUACAAUUACAAACAUAGUUCAACAAGAAUCUGCAUAGAAAGAGCUUUUGGAGCUCUGAAAGGACGCUUUCGCAGACUGAAAUUUGUGGAUCUGACAGACAUCAAAGCUAUUGUGCAUGUUGUACUAAGUUGUUGUUGUCUUCAUCAACUUUGUCUGUACAACAGUGCUGAGGACAUCCUGGAAUUCAUACCGGAUAGCGCCGAGGACAACGAAGAGGUCAACAAUUUUAUGGACAUUUGUAAAACAUGUGCGUCAGCUGACGUGAAACGAAAAGCCAUUGCCGACCUAUUGUAA